AUGGCCAGGGAACAAUUUUAUUUUUGCUCGGCCAGGGAACAAUUGGAAGUGCUAAAUGCACUUGAUGUGGCCAAAACUCAAUUGUACCAUUUCACUACUAUCGUAAUUGCUGGUAUGGGCUUCUUCACUGCUGCCUAUGAUCUCUUCAGCAUUUCCGUCGUCACAAAGUUACUGGGCCGAAUCUACUACACCCUGCCCAACGCGGCCAAGCCCGGCGUGUUACCGCCCGGUGUUUCAGCCGUCGUCACAGGUGUUGCCCUUGUUGGCACCUUAUUUGGCCAACUCUUCUUCGGUUGGCUAGGUGACAAACUGGGUCGCAAAAAGGUGUACGGUGUAACCCUGCUUCUCAUGAUUUUAUGCUCUCUCGCCUCUGGUCUUUCUUUCGGUCAUCAUGCAAGGGGUACGAUGGUCACUCUCUGUUUCUUCCGAUUUUGGCUUGGGUUUGGCAUUGGCGGCGAUUACCCGUUGUCCGCAACCAUCAUGUCCGAAUACGCAAACAAGAAGACUCGUGGAUCGUUUAUGGCUGCCGUAUUUGCAAUGCAAGGGUUCGGAAUAUUAACAAGUGGAAUUGUUGGUCUCGUAGUCUCGGCCGCAUUAGAACAUGGGAUCCAUGUUUAUACUUAUAAUCAAAACGCCGAAUUAUCCCUGUCGCCCUGGGCCGACUACGUUUGGCGCAUUAUACUGAUGUUUGGGGCCGUUCCAGCUGCAAUGACUUACUACUGGCGUAUGAAGAUGCCCGAGACUGCCCGUUACACUGCUCUUAUUGCGAAAAAUGCCAAAAAAGCAGCCGAGGACAUGGCUCAGGUGUUAAACGUGGAAUUUGACCCCGAAGAGGCCAAGCUAGAGAAAUUCGUCGAAGAACCCUCCAAUCAAUAUGGAUUGUUUUCGAAAGAAUUUCUUCAUCGCCACGGGCUUCACUUACUUGGCACUGCGACCUGUUGGUUCUUACUCGAUAUCGCCUUCUACAGCCAAAAUCUAUUCCAGAAAAACAUAUUCACAGCAAUCAAUUGGCUCCCUCCGGCUGCCAAUAUGAGUGGGAUUCAAGAGGUUUAUAAAGUCUCAAGAGCCCAAACCCUCAUUGCCCUAUGCGGUACCGUGCCGGGGUACUGGUUUACAGUGUUUUUCAUCGAUAAAAUUGGAAGAUGGGUCAUUCAAUUGCAGGGUUUCUUCUUCAUGUCCGUGUUCAUGUUUGCACUUGGACUACCUUUCCAUCACUGGGCAUUGCAUAAGGUUCCAUUCAUCAUAAUGUACUCCCUCACGUUUUUCUUUUCCAACUUCGGUCCAAAUGCCACAACAUUUGUAGUGCCGGCGGAGAUCUUCCCGGCCCGCCUUAGGUCCACUUGCCACGGAAUAUCGGCUGCAGCAGGAAAAGCGGGGGCCAUAGUUGGGGCGUUUGGGUUUUUGUACGCAUCCGAGUCCAAUCAUGUCAAAGAGGACGAUACAGGUUACCCCAAGGGUAUCGGUGUGAGCUACUCAUUUAUUGUGCUCGGUUUUGUGUCUCUCUUCGGAAUGAUGUUUACUUUCCUCGUCCCAGAACCCAACGGGAAAUCGCUUGAGGAGCUUUCAGGUGAGAAUGAGGAUGAUUCAAUUGAUGCAGUUGUGGUGUCCACUCCGGAUAAACAGGGCGCUUAUAACCCGAACAUUCCUGUUUAA